CCGUGGACAGCGUUGGACGUGGAAAACAAACCUAAGAGGGGAAAUUGGUUGCCCAUCCCCCCUCUUCCUCUCACUUCAACAGGAGGAGCAAAAUUCCUGGAAAAAAAGGAGCAAGUGUUUGCUGCUUUUUGCUUCUAUCUUUGCUUUUUUUCUGGAGUACAGGAAAAUUGUGCAAAGAAGGUGUGAGUUGGGAAAAGUUUGGCGAUUUGCUGUUGGAAAACUCUGCGCCUACACUUGAAGGAUAUCAGAGGGAACCGUCUGGUGAAUUGUCUGUUUUGUGGUGUAGCUGUGUGGGUGUGUUUGAAACUAGAAGGAUUAAGACGGAAUACUUUGAGGUGUUUCCCUGAAUUAAAGGUGAAUUGAAAUAAGUAAAUUUAAAGCUGAAAUAGAGAAGGUUCGUUUCAGCAAAACUUACUUUAAAGGAAAAUCGGAAAAUUUCACGAGUCAAGACAAAGUUUCCGUCGCAGGAAGUGAAAAUUUGCUAUCCUAGACUGUGCCGGAAGUGCGAUAAGGAAAAGCAAAAGGAAGAAACGGGAAGAGCUCGCCGAGGAUUAAAGCUACUUUCGGUGAGAGUGAAAGCUUCUGGGGAAAAGUGAGUAAAAGUGUCAUUUGUCAUCGCCAAACGUGGAAGCUAAUGAGACGGGACACUUGUUCGGCGUAGAAACUGUCCCCUCCCGGAAGUGUGUGCAAACGCGAUGUGUGUCCCGCCGAGGGGAAAUUCCGUGUCCGUGUCUUGGUGUCUAUUUGUGUGAGCUUUUAUGUACAUCACCGAUCUUUAUGUACAAUCUGUUGAAUGUGCCCGCCCUGAAUCGCUGGAAAUACGCACUUUCUGUGUUCGGAGUGGAUUGACUGAUCCGCUUUAAGAAUAUUAAAAACAGCUCAACCGAGGGCCAGCUGACUCAUCGGAAAUUCUGCGACUUUGGAGUAAACGAAAUCCCUGCUCGGAAUAAAAAAUAGCAACGCAGGUCAUGAAUGCCAAUAAACAAGUGCUCAACGGGUCCUUUUGGCUGGAACGUGGUCACGUUUGAUUCAGUUCAGCGAGAGGGGGCAAAACUUUUCAGCGCCGAUUCCAGAAUGCUACAGGCAACGUCAACUACAGAACUUGCUGGUUCGGCGUGGCUUUCAUCAACCGAAUGGAAGGCUCCGGGGGUGAGCUUUUCAGCAGCGGUGUGUUGAAGUGAAAUCUUUGUAAAGUUUAGUGAAGUCAACCGUAGAAAACAUAGCGAGUUAAAGAAAAAAUAAACUUAAGGUUAUUCAGUAGAAGUAGUAGUGUGUUAGUAGCUGUUCUAGAUUGUGGUGAAACACGAGCAUCCUAGAACAAGCCAAGUCAAGUGUGUGGUGGUGAAGAGAAGAAAAAGAGCAUCAAGAUGAGCUUCUUCAGUUCCCUCCAGCAGUACGUGACGAGUGGCGUGGCCGGGCUCGGGUUGAACCCGCGUCGGUUCUCGCUGCACCGGCAGGAAUCGUCGGAGGCCACCACGCCGGCGGCCUCCGGCUCCGGCAUGGUCCCGAGUCCGCUGAUGAUGAUGGACCCGAGCAAGAUGAACAACACCGGCGGCAUCCUGAUGGGACCACCCCCGCCCGGAUCGGGAGGGUCCAUCGGGAGCGGGGGUGGUGGUGGCGGCGGCGGGAGUCCGGGAAACUACGGGAUGGGAUCCGGCGGAGGAGGCGCGGCCUCGGGUGCCACACUUGGCUACCCGAAAGUGGUAACCCCCGGUGCCGGCCCCGGCUCCAACACAAUGCCCCCCGGCUCGCCCGGCGCUCUCGGUCCCGGGGGCCAGGCCGGAUCCACACUCGGGGCCACCAUCGGCCCGGCCCAGGGUGGUGCAGCGAUGCGCCGCCAGUCGUCGGCCCGCGGGCUGGACACACUGGUGCCGCCGGGCCGGACGGGGUCCUUCCGCGGGGGUCGCAACUCGCCGAUCAAUCCGACGGCCCCGGACAAACCCUCGUUCGCGGUGUGGAAGCGCCGCCCGUCCUGGCCCGAGGUGGAAAUCAAAUCGUCUUCGGGUCACCGGCACCGACUGAGGCCGGCCCCGUUGAUUAAGGUCCAGGGUGAGUCCGCCCCCGCCGAGGACGAGGAACCGGGCCCCGGUCCGGCCACCGAGAUUGUCUAUCGCUUCGACAAAAUGAACCCGCCCUUUAACAGUGUCGUUAGUGCCAAUAACAAUAGCGUCCAGGAGAACGACGGCUCGUACUUCGAGAGCUUCACUGCCCUGUCCUGGAAGAACGAAAACCGGCGCAUGUCGGCGGUCCGAGCCGUGGAAACGCGGGCCGAAGUCCUGCCGGAAAGCGAAACGGACCGGCUGCUGGAGGACGACAUCGAGCGGUCCGAGCAGAAGGAGCAUCUCUAUCUGGACGUGCUGUACGCGAUUGCCAACACGGUCGGAGCGCCGGCACCGGGCGGACAGUACAGCGAAAAAAAGUGGAAGAAAGUAAAUAUAAAGUUUGCGCACUACAAAGAGGAGAUGUACCUGCAGGCCCAGCGGGUCUUUAGUGUGUCCGCCGACCGGCACUACCGGCUGCUGCACGCGGCCACCGAGGAAAAGCCCAAGAUAAUCGUCCUGACCGUGGUCGUGCAGGAAGCGGAAGGCCUCGAGGCGAAGGACGCCAACGGUUUCAGCGACCCGUACUGCAUGCUGGGCAUUCAGCCCUCCGGGACGCCCCCACCGCCCUCGCCCCAGCCCCCCAUGACGCCGCGGACCCUCUCCGACACCGGCAUGGACAGCCUGGACUCGCCCGAGCACGGGAAGCUCCGCAAGCACCACAGCUUCCGGUUGAGCUUCAAGCGCAAGGACGGCCGCCAGCAGCGGGACUCGGUCGGGCCCGUCCCCGCCAAGUUCAUCCGAGCGACGUCCGUCAAGCCGCACACGCUGUGUCCCAAGUGGAACGAGAAGUUCAAAUUCGACAUUGACGACAUUCACUCGGACAUUCUGCACCUGGACAUUUGGGACCACGACGACGAAAGCAGCGUGCUAGACGCUGUCUCACGACUGAACGAAGUUAGGGGCGUUAGAGGAUUAGGUAGAUUUUUCAAACAAGUGUGCCAAUCGGCACGCCAAGGUUCGCAGGACGACUUUUUGGGUUCCGUCAAUAUCCCAGUCUGUGAUAUUCCUUCAACCGGUUUGGAGGGCUGGUUCAAGCUGGAGGCACGCAGCAACCGCAGCUCCGUACAGGGCCGCAUCCGACUGAAACUGUGGCUGUCGACGCGGGAAGAUCGCGGUACCUCCGAGGAGGACAACACCCUGGAGGUGAAAAAGUUCGAACGGCUGCAGACGAUCUUCAUGAUGCACGAGGUGCACGCGCACGAACCGGCUUGGAAGUGGAACGGUGAGCUGGCCGGACCAUCGCUCACCAUUCUGCACCAGAUCGCGGUCCAGAGUGACCUGUCCGAUCUGCAGAUCUCGAUGGCAAAACUAGUGGCCAUCAUCCGGAUUAACCGGAAGAAACCACUCGACACCAAGUUCAUCCACCGGCAGCUCAUCGAGGUGGACAAACUGUGGGUCAACAACUACAGCAACGAACCGUUGACGCGCGAGCUCGAGCAGUGGCUGGCGGACGCGCUGAACGGGUUCGUCGAGCGAUCGCUCAGCCACAUGCGACGGCAUCGCGAGGUGUUUCCUGCGCUGCACGCGCCCUCCCUUGUGCGGUUAGAGUUCCAGCUGCGAUGUCUCGGACUGCUCGGAUCGAUGCGGGCCUUCCGCCAGGUCAGCCCGUUCAGCAAAGGUGUCCGGGGGGAGAUCGUGGGAGCACUUCGGAAAGGGUCAAUUACCUGGUCACAGGCACAACUUCGUGAGUCCCAACGGGCACCGAAUCCGCUCGUACACUACACUACGAUCCUGAUCGCUGACCUGCAGAUCGGAGUUCAGCACUACCACUCGCUGUUUGAUUCCACCAACGGCAUCCAGUACUUUAGCAUCGUGUACAAGCAGUUUGACUCGCUGCUAGGCGAAGAGGUAACGAAUCGCAUCGAAUCCGGUCAACUGCCCGGAACCAUCGUCAACCAUUGGACAAUCUUGGACAACGAUCGCGAGCCGGACAUUGCACCGUUCGAGAUCUACUUUGCGUUGCAGCAGUUCCACAACCUCAAGUCACAUCUCUCGGUGACGCCGCAACCCCCGGAGAAACCGCUCGGCUUGCAGAACUUUCACGAAUGGUUCGAACCCGCCGUUCAGCGAUGGAUUUCGGUUAGCAAAACGAAAGCGAUCCAACGGAUCAAGGCGGCAGUCAACGUGGACCAGAUCAGCGAGGGCGAGAAGAUCGUCCGACACAGCACAUCGGCCAUCGAUACGGCUUCGUGCUUCUACCAGAUCCGGGAGUUCUGGAAGAACCUUGCCUGGCCAGAUCACGGCUCGGGAGCACACUACGAAGCGUUGAUAAUCGAUCUGGUGUGCACCACGGCGAACGUCUACUCCGACCUGAUCCACCAGAACCUCGCCGAAUACUACGACAAAUCGGGACCACAGCGAACCACCGACGACAUGUGCGUCAUUGUAAAUAACCUAGAAUACGUCCGACGGGCGCUGGCCGAGUUCCAGCCGGAAACGCACGCCCUGUCGGAAAACGCAGAAAACUUGCUCGAAAAUACCAUUGCUCAACUGGAGAACAAAGCGGACCGCGUUCUCGGAAAACUAACGGCAUCCAUGCAAGGUCCCCUCCAAAAAGCCGUGUUCCAUCUGGCCUGGUCCCCAGACUCACUACCCGCCAACCAGGCCGUGAUGCCCCUCCUAGAAUACCUAGACUCACACCUAGCGACCCUCAACGUCACCCUGCUCUCGCAAAACUUCUACCGCGCCAUGAGUCUCAUCUGGAACAGCGUCCUAACGGAAUUCGCCAAGCAGAUGGAGUCCGGCGGUGAAGGCGACAAACCGAGCAACUUUCACGACCGGAUGUACGGCGCGCUCCAACUGCUCGGCGAAUUCUUCAACGCCGAAGGCCUCGGCCUCCCCCCAGAGAUCCUCCACAGUGACCUGUACUGGCGCGUUGCUCAACGACUGCAAUACCACAAAACCGACACGGACCAGCUGAUCGAUCUGUUCUACCUGCAGCGGCUACAGGAACAGCUCAACACGAUGGGCAGCCAGACGCAGCUGGGGACACUCUCGGUGAAGGCGUACUUCAACCACGACUCGCUGUGCGUCGAAGUUCUGCACGCCAAGGACGUCAUCCCGCUCGACCCCAACGGCUUUAGCGAUCCGUUCGUCAUCGUCGAGCUGCUGCCGCGGCGGGUCUUUUCGCACUGCUCCGAACAGCAGACGAACGUGCACAAGAAAACGCUGAACCCGGUCUUUGACGAGUGCUUUGAGUUUUCGGUCACGCACGACCAGUGCCAGUCGGAAGCGGCCAUGAUUGUGUUCACCGUGAUGGACCACGACGUGCUGACGGCGAACGAUUUCGCCGGCGAGGCCUUCCUGUCGCUGAACAACAUCCCGGGGGUGGCCAGCAACUUUACCCUCAACAUCGAAAACUUUGACUGCGUGACGCAGCUCGACCUGCCGCUGCUCGAGAUGAAGGACAAGAGUCACCCUAUCCUGCAAAUUAUGGAAGGACGAGUCAACGACAAAAAUGCAAUGGAAUUUUUGAGGAAACAAAAAGCUCGCGUCGUAGGUUAAGCAACUGAAAAAAAAAACAAUUUACAAUAAAAAAAGUAACCAAACAAUUUGUCAAUCAUGCAAUUUAUUCGUUACACUCACAACUCAAACCAGCGAUACAAAACAGAUAACCAAAGAUCCACUAGUCGUCUUUCUUUCAAAUCAUCGUUUCACAUGUCGUGUGUAUCAAACUCACCAAAUCUGCGCAAGGAACUAACAUUUUUGUAAGGAAAAUCUAUCAAUAGCAACUAAAAAAAAUGCCUUUACUACACACAAAACUACGAAAGUUGUAAAAAGCAUCAACCAUCUACUCAUUGUGUCCACCAUAAAACUAUCGUAGAAACGCCCAAAAUUUAUAAGACUUCAAUCUCUUUAUCACUCCCCUGGCAAAAGCCAAGAAACGAAGUCUGUGUAAACUAUCGUUUGAUUUUUAACAUAUACGAAAGAGCGUAUUUUUAUACAAAACAACUGAUUUGCAACCUAGGAAAAAAACGCAUAAACUACUAUACAACUACUUUUAGCUAACUGAAAACCAAACUGUAAACUACGAAAGGUCUUGUAUAUUUGAAUAUUUGUAAAGUAAAGGAAAGGAAGAGAACUUUAGAGAUGCUAUACAUUUGUUUAUACAAAGUUAAAGAAAAAACAUACCUGGAUAUAAAGGACAGAGUAGUGAAAAACGAAUUGAACAAAACAAAAAUCUAUAAUCUGUACACAACUGAGGCACACACAAACAAAAAACACACACACAUUUUUAGAUAACAUCUCGCUCUGCUAGCCAAGAGUGUCGGAAACGAACGAAAAAAAAAUCCAAACAAAAAAUUAACUUUUAAGCUGUAAAUUUUCUCGAACAAACUGCAGAUAUUUUCUUAUGAAUGAAUAAAACCAACUUAAACAAACGCAAAAUCAAGGAAACGAGCGCGCUUCCGGCCGAUCUUUCCGCUUGUAUAAUAAGGAUUUGUUUAACGGAAGAUAACAACAACAACACACACAACUAUUAAUCACCUCGAUAUGAAAACACUUUCGUAUACAUACACGCAAUUACACACACGCAAACUUCCCCUUAACCCAGAACCAAAUGUGCAAUUUGAUUUUUUUCUUUAAUACAUUUUUUUUCUUAUUUUUAAAGCUAUUUUUUUUUUAAAUUGACCAAAAAUUUUAAUUUUUUGCUGACAGCAAAAAUAGUUUUAUUAAAACACCCCAAUAAAUAAGACAUAAAGCAAAGUCAUUAUUUCGAAUGAUCGUGUACGGCUUAAGAUUCUAUGGCCGAAAACGAAAACAAAGCGGCUAUCCUGAUUGUUUCUAAUGUAAACAUCACUUGAACAUGAUAGACUCUAUGUUUACACUUUGGCAUUGACCCAAUUACAUUUUUUUUUUCUUGAAAUGAGUUGUUUAUAUUUCAUAUGAUUCCAUCAGUUUGGUCACAACCGAAUUAACCCAGAAAUGAGUUUUGUGGUCAGAUUUAGGUGAAUUUCAUUCAUAAUGUAUCAAAAGCUGAGUGAAACAAGGCUUCCUUAGCCCGGUAAAAAAAACAUAAUUUAACUCAAAAAUGACGAACUCCUCGUCACAUCGUCCUGAGGCAAAUAAAGAUCGAGCUCGAGCUGUCACUGUCCCUGCGAAAUAUGUUAGCUGUCAUUGGGCGGUAGACCUUUAAAACCCAGCAAAAAGUCGCAUGACAAAAAAACUUUUGCUAGAAAGAGAAAGCAGAUCUGAUGCAAACAAACCAGUGGCACUCAGAGGUGUGAAUGUGUUAAAAAUGACUAUCGAGCAAUUAAAUGUGAGAGUGUGUGCGUGCAACAUGGAGUUAAACUUUUCAAAGUGCCAUGGUAACCUUCACAGCAACUUCACAGAAAGUUUAACUCCAUGUUGCACACACUCUCACUUUUAAUUUCUCGAUAGAGUUAUCUACGUGCGCAUGUAUUGCGUGUACGUACACGAAGGGUUUUUAGGUUAAAAUUGUACCCGCCAGCAAAAAGCUAGUGUGCGUGAGUUCGGGCUUAGAUAACUCUAUAACAGACUAGAACAAACAAACAAACUCGCACAUUUUUGUGUUUGACAGUUUGCCAAACUUGUAAACUUGUUUGCGGCAAACUCGCAUACAAAGCAAAUUGUAUGCCGGCUGACGUUUCUGUAAAUAAACACAGCUGGCAAACUGCCAAACUGUCAAAAAUUUUGUUCGUUUGCGAAAUUGUUUGUUUGUCGUAGUCUAAUACUUCCUUUAGUAAAUUUUCAACUAAAAAGCCUUAUAACACCGAAGUUUCAAAUUACUCAAAUUUCAAGUCACUCAGUUUUCGUUAAAAUCCGAACCUAAUCAGAAAUGAAAUGGAACUGUCAAAUUUGGGUAAAUUUUACUCAAUUUUCGUUAAACUUUAUGUAAAAGGCAUUCAAAUCCGACAGUUGUCCCAUUUGCUCAUAUAUGCUCAUUAACUGAGUGUUUUUAGUUUUGCGUGCUGUCCAAAGUUUUUAAAAUUUCUUUUCACCCUUAUAUGGGUGAAUUUUACCCACGAUUGUGUGAAUUUUUCUCGAGUCUGGGUGUAUUGUUGUGAAAAAUUCAGGAAAGACUCAACCAUUUUUAUGUGGAAUUUAUCUGACAAUUGGGUAGUAAAGCCCUAUGUCAAUUUUUAUGUGCAACGGUAAAAAACACGAUUAAAACCCAUUUCUGAUCACUUUUUUUCAUUUUAAUGCAACAUAUUUUUUUGGCAAGACAGCAUUUUUUCGAUGGAUCAACUAUGGUCCCCUUGGAACGAGCUGUCAAGUAGGAGCUUUUCUGUCAAGAAGGACCGCGAGGUUAAUUUUUCAAAAUUGAAUUAAAAAUCCAUUUUAAACUCUUUGUGGUCGUACAAAAAGUCGUUGUACUCAGAAAAAUAAGCUUUAUCGCUGUAAAAAAUAAUAUCAGCAAUCUAAGCUUCAUUUUAGGACCCAAUUAGUCAAAAGAAAACUUCCAAAACUCAUUUCUGGAUAGGUUCAGUUUUUAAGAAAUUUAAGUGGAGUACCUGUGUGAUUUAUUAUUGUAUCUUUUAACAAUUCUUAUUACAUUACUUGAUUUUUUCUAACAAAUUUACGUCUUUAAUCAUUAUCAUAAUACCAAGCCCACACAUCCACAAUAGACUAAUUGUACGACAAAUGUAUAGUAAAUGUCGAGCUUAGAUGUGAACUCAAACUGUACCCAAACCAAAGUGUCGCCAAUCAUUAAGCCUCACCAGUUUCAUCUGAAAAAGAACGCAUAUUUUUCAAUAAUAAAAAAAACAACUUGUACUAAUAGAAAAUAAACUGAAAACGGGGGAAAAGCUUUAAAAUCUCCUACCUUGACGAGUACACAAACGUCACACACGUACACUAACAAACGCAACUGGAAUUGCUGAGUUUCUCAUCAAGUACCUACAAAGCAUAACUGGAAUUUUAGACAAACUUUUAUUUUUACACCGAGUCUUACGCGUCCUAUCCCCACAUCCACCGUGACCUAUAGCCAUGAUCCCAAUUGUAGAAUUGAACCUGUGUAAAUUCUAUCUUUAGACGAUUUUUUAACCCUGCACACAACUCCCCUUCAUAAAAAAAUACACACACUCAUACAAGACAAACAAAAAAUCGUUGUGCACACCCCGUAGCCUUGAAGGAACUUUGCAUGCACCACAAAACACUGACAAAAACAAACCAACAUUUGUAGGGAAAUCAAGAAAAACUUUAUAUAUACACUAUCCUUCUAGCUAAGGCCAACCAACUAAACUUGGAACAAGAAAUUAAAAAAAAACGAAAGUGAGCCAAAUAAUUAACCCAAAUAAACUAAAGAAAACGACAGCAGCAACCUAUUUGUACAUAAAAAUAGAGAAGAAAAAAACUGUUCAAUGUUUGCAGAACGCUACAAUCAUAUUUAAAACAAACGCUGUAUGAUAAAAACUAGACUCAUCGUCUGAUUUAGCUUAACAUUUUGGCGGGGGGGGGGAAACAGUUUGCAUAGAGAAAGAUCUUUUAUUGCGGUUGUUUUCUGGUACAUUUUCUUGUUCUUGUUCUAGAAUAAUUUAUCUAUGUUGAUCGCCCAUCCAAACAGUUAGUCAAUCACUCGGACAGAAUCGUAUAUAUUUUUCUAGCAGAUUUUCCAUAUUUUUCAAACUAAGUUAUCAAAACGUGUAUUAAACCAAGACAAAGUAUAACAUAUUACAAAAUACAAACGGAAACAAAAAAGACAAACAGUAUAGAAUUAUUACGUAGUGCGUCAACAUAAACAAUGUCAACAAAAUUUAAUUCAAAACCAAGCAAAAUUAACCAACCUUCGUAGUCCGCCGCCGUUAUUUGAAACAUCAGCAAAAAAAGAAGGCAUCUAAUCGUAUUAAAAAACAUUUGUUCGGCCAGGAUCAGAAUAUCAGGACACACACACAAUUGCUUUUCCCAUCAAACGGAGCAGAAUUUAGAAAAAAAGAAGAAGCAUAAACGUGGACGAAAAAUGUACUCGGUGGAAAAUUGGAGCAAACAAAAAAGGCAGAUUGGACAAUGCAAAUAUUUUUCGAAAAUAACAAAUAAAGAAACAAGUAUCUGUUCAUCUAUCAA